AUUGUAGGUACAUGUGGCGCUUCUUAUGUUAGAUAUGUACAAUUCGAGCAACUCUAUUCCCGUGGUGUUCACUCUAUUUAUUACCAUUUUUUAGGUAUCCCUCUAUGGUUGGUCGAUACAGUGUUUGACAACUCCAAAGACACGAAGAUGGCUCGAGCACUUAAUCGGUUCAAGAUAUCAGUCUGGAAUCUUGUCACAAAAUCAGUACCUGUCAUCAAAAGGUGUUGAGAAUUGAAGUUGAGGCACCAUUGCUUGCUUGAGCUUGCAAAACUAGCUCUUAUGGAGAUGAAGCGUAAUAUGGGAACGCCCAAAACGCUCGAAUUUCUAUCAACUUCAGGCGUUGUCCUUGACGCUGCAUCACGCGGAAUCUUUGAAUUUGUGGACUUAUGUCUUAAAAAUUUUCCCGAGUUGAUGUGAGAUGACAAUUUCGCAAAAGAACUGAUAAAAAAGGUUGUGAAGGGACGGCAUGUUGAGUUGUUUAGACUAGUGAGGACACACAACCGCAUUCGAUAUAUUGCUGAAGAUGUUUUGAUCGACCUUGAUCUAAUGAAGGCUGUAACCGAAUGGUCAUCAAAAUGUGUAUCCUCGGAUGUUUCUGGAGCAGUUUUUCUUCUGCAGAGGGAACUUCAGUGGUUUCAAGUAGUGGAUGUUAGUACCUUUCCUUCUCUUAAAUGGCUGAAAUAUCAAGAAGAGAAGAGCACAUAUUGGGAAGUUUUUGUACAACAACGGCAAGAGUUACUUAAGGACGCAAGGCAAUGGAUGAAGGAUACAUCAUCCUCUUGUAGCCUCGUUGGAACUCUCAUUAUUACGAUAGCUUUCGCUGCAGCUUUUAUGGUACCUGGAGGCAACGACAACAAUAUGGGGAUCCCCAUACUUCUGAAGAACAACUCAUUCAUGGUAUUCACAGUUGCAAAAUCUCUUGCUCUCUUUUCCUCCGUCGCCGCCACAUUGAUGUUCUUGGUUGUCCUAACUUCAUGCUACGCAAUUGAAGAUUUCCUCUUCUCACUGCCGAGAGACAUGACACUGGGCCUCACUUUUCUAUUCCUCUCAUUGGCUUUUAUGCUGGUGGCAUUUAGUUCUGCUCUUAUGAUCGUCCUGAGCGAACAAUGGAGGUGGAUUUACAUCCCAGUUGCUUUGCUGGCUGCCGUCCCUAUCGUAAUGUUCUCAAUCUUACAGCUUCCUUGUACGUUGAAAUGGUCGAAUCCACCUACUGGCCUCGCCUCUACCGUCCCCUGAAGCUUUGGAAGUAAUCUCUAUUAUUAUUGGACAAGAACAUUGGUUAUGUUAUUACUAUUCGUAUUUGUUA